GCGGUUGAGGAUAAAGGGGCUCCGAGGGGCUGCGGGAGAGAGCUGCCAAGUGCCCGCCGGGGAGAGAGCUGCUGAGUGCCCGCACGAUGCUGCUGCUGCUGUUCCUGGCCGUCUCCUCCCUGGGGAGCUGCAGCGCGGGGAGCCCAGUGCCCGUUCCCGAGAAUGACCUGGUGGGCAUCGUGGGGGGCCACAACGCCCCCCAGGGGAAGUGGCCGUGGCAGGUCAGCCUGAGGAUCUACAACUACCACUGGGCGUCCUGGGUGCACAUCUGCGGGGGCUCCCUCAUCCACCCCCAGUGGGUGCUGACCGCCGCCCACUGCAUUUUCCAGAAGGACACCGACCCGUCCACCUACCGGAUCCACGCCGGGGAUGUGUAUCUGUACGGGGGCCGGGGUCUGCUGAACGUCAGCCGGAUCAUCGUCCACCCCAACUACGUCGCGGCCCACCUCGGAUUCGACCUGGCCUUGCUGCGGCUGGCCACCCGCGUGGGCGCAGCAAGCAACGUUCAGCCGGUCACCCUGCCGCCCGAGGCCCUGAACUUCACCCCGGAGGACGAGUGCUGGCUGACCGGCUGGGGCAGGACGUCCUACUACAAGUCGCUGCCACCGCCCUACCGUCUGCAGCAGGUGAGCGUGCAGGUGCUGGAGAACGCCGUCUGUGACCAGCAGUACCGCAAUGCCUCCGGGCACACUGGCGACCGGCAGCUCAUCCUGGAUGACAUGCUGUGUGCCGGCAGCGAGGGCCGUGACUCCUGCUACGGCGACUCCGGCGGCCCUCUGGUCUGCAGGGUGCGAAGGUCCUGGCGCCUGGUGGGGGUGGUCAGCUGGGGCUACGGCUGCGCCCUGCGGGACUUUCCCGGCGUCUACGCCCGCGUCCAGACCUACGUGCCCUGGAUCCUGCAGCAAGUCGGGGAAUUGCCCUGAGCAGGCCGGGCUGGGCUCCCAUCUGGGUCAGCUGAGGAGGGACCAGGACCUUCCUUCUCCCAGCGAUCUCCGCUUUGGCCUCCGCUGCAGGCCACCAGCUUGAGCCCGACUUCUCUGGCUCCUCAGCACCCAGGACCUCCCUGAUGCUGGGGUGGGGAAGGUGCCGGGGAAGGGAGGGCAGGCCUCACUGCGUCUCUGUCUGAUUAAAGAGCUGAGAAAGG